UAUGUGGUGUUUGUAGAGCUCGUAGUGGAAAAUGCUAAAGCUUUUUAUCCUGUCAGCUAAAAAUGAGAAACUGAUGAUGCUCCAUUCAUAAAUGAAAAGGUGAAGUAUUCACAUGAAAUCUGGUUUCUCUUUGAAGGCUGAGACAUCGUCAGAUGUUUUUAUAUUAGGAUCAUUCCCACAGCUUUUUAUUAUCACGCUGAUGUUUGAGUCACUGAAUCAGGAACACUGUCUCCUUUUGUUCUCACACUGAGUUUAAUGAAAGAAGAUUUCUGUUUGUCCAUUAAAGUUCUUUGUUGUGAUCGUUUAAAGGAUCCUGUGAUGAACAAGAGCCUGGCUUGUCUCAAGGAGUCUCUCAGUGACCUGAGCAACAUCUACACUACAGCUCUGCUGGCCUAUGUGUUCACCCUGGCAGGAGACGUGGAGACCCGUGCUCACCUUCUGCUGCACUUGGACACAGUUGCAGUGAGGGAAGGAGGUUUCCUCUACUGGUCUCAGACAGCAGCAGAAACAUCAGCCUCCCUUUCAGUGGAGAUCAGUUCUUAUGUGCUGUUGGCCAAACUCAGCACCUCCCCAACUGCUGGGGAUCUGGGAUAUGCCUCUGGUAUUAUCAGGUGGCUGACUGGGCAGCAGAACUAUUACAGAGGCUUCUCCUCCACUCAGGACACAGUGGAGGCUCUUCAGGCUCUGGCUCUCUACUCCACUCUGGUGUUCAGUCUUGAAGGUUGGAGCACAGUGACAGUUCAGGCUCCCAGCAGUCAGCUGACAUUUGAUGUAAAUCAGGGCAACAAACUGCUCUACCAGGCAGAGGCGCUGCAGGACGUGUCAGGAAAAUACAGCCUGGAGGUGAAGAGCACCGCAUGUGCUUCAGUGCAGAUUUGUGCCACCUACAACAUCCCAACACCUCCUGAUUUCACCACUCUCAGUGUGAAAGUCCAAGCAGAGGUGGACACCACAGGUGAAUGUGCCAGAGCCAGACUGACUGUGGAAAUACAUCCCUGUAACUACAGUGGGAAGGAGAAAACCACAAACAUGGUGGCUGGAUUUUCCCCAGACCCCGAGUCUUUGAAGAGUCUCAAACGUGGGCUCCUGGUGAGUCCUGUUGAACCAAAGGAAGAUCAUGUUCUGGUGUACUUAGAGGAGUUAUCAAAGGACACACCCAUCAACCACAGUUUAGAGAUCAUCCAGGAGCUCCCAGUGGACCACCUGAAGCCAGCCGUGGUCCAGAUCUAUAACUACUAUCAAUCAGGUCCAACUGUGGCUGCCGUCAGCAGCAGUCAUGCAGUUAAAGAUAAUUUCAUGGUUUAA